CCAAACGCGUUGUUAUAACGGAUUUAUUAUGACAGGGCUAUGCCCGACAUUUUCACAUCCUUGAAGUUUGUUGUUUAUCAAGAAGAUUUACGUUUACAUUCACGAAAUCUACAUUUAUAAAUUUAUCAAAAAUGGCUGGAAAACGAUCACGUGUUGAAGAGCCUUCAACGAGCGUUGGUGGGAAAAAACGUAAAGUAAAAGGGAGUUGGAAUUUGAUGCGUAUUAUGAGCGAGCUAGGCACAAACGAGCAGUGCGUUAAGUUUGCCGAGGAUAACGGCCUGAUUCCAAAAACUAUGGUGUGUUCCGUUCAUAAAACAUUUAUGAACUUUCGCCGAAAUGGCAAUAAAGUGGGAUAUUUCCUGUGCUCCAGAGGCACUUGCAGAAAAAAGUCUUGCAUUUCCAGAGCAACAGGGACAUGGUUCGAAAAUGCAAGAUUGAGCCUUCCACAUAUUUACUACUUAAUGUAUUGUUUUGCACACCGAUUUACCGAAGAAGCCGUAAUCCGGGAGGAUUUCAUUCUAGAUGGCACUUCAAUUUCAACUAGUACUAUUGUCGACUGGUUUGGUUUCUGCAGAGAAGCGGUAAUAUCAUACCAAUUGGAUCAUCAGGAGUAUAGUGGAAAGAUUGGUGGCCCAGGAAAAAUAGUGCAAAUUGGGGAAAGUAAAUUCGGGACCAUAAAGUACAACAAACUGAGGAACAUCGAAAGUCAUUGGGCACUUCGUAUGGUUGAAAAUAACUGUACAGAUCUUCGAUUCGAGUUGUGUCCUGAAAACGAUUGCUCGUUUGAAGACAUCAUCCCCCUGAUUGAAAAACACGUUCUGAAAGGUUCCAUCAUUCAAAUGGAUUCUCGUGAGGUUAACGAUCGCCUGCAGGAGCAUGGUUACUUAGUCGCAAAAGCGAAACAUGGCGAGGCAAUUGAUCCGCUUGCGACAGAAGACGGCAAUCGCAGGGAACAAAUUGAAUCGCAGGCCAGACUUGUGCGAAGACUAUUUAAUGCGAAAUUUCACAACACCUCCGGCAACUUUGGUGAUAUAAUUACAGAAUAUAUAUGGCGCCGAUCUAUAAAAACAAACAAGAAAGAUGCUUUUCUUGCUUUAGUAGAAGCAAUAAAAUAUGUUUACAACGAAAACUAAAAACAAAAACGUUUCCUUGCGUAUUUGUGUGCUUGUGCAGGAGACAUUCACUUUGCAAGUACGAGAUAUGAAUAUAAUUUCUACACCAACUCCUCCAACAUUAUUGGAUUGAAACGCCAAAUUUGCAGAACAGAAUUUACUUUAUCGAGUUUUUAUUUUUAUUUUGCUAUUUUAUAUAUACGAAGAGAGGAAGUGGAGAAGAAUAAAGUAGUGGAUUUUUGUAUUUCUUCGCGCGUUGAGAGAUUCUUAGUGACUAUGAAAUAAACCGAUUACUUAUGUGCUUUAAUUUUUUAGAA